AUGGAUUCGGAUCAGGGAAAGCUUUUCAUCGGUGGGAUUUCAUGGGAUACUAAUGAGGAGAAGCUGAAGGAGCAUUUCGGAAAUUAUGGUGAUGUUUUGAACACUUCAGUUAUGAGAGAGAAGAACACUGGCAAACCUAGAGGUUUUGGUUUCGUGGUUUUUUCAGAUCCUUCUGUUCUUGAUAGGGUUCUUGAAGACAAGCAUGUUAUUGACGGAAGAACGGUUGACGCUAAGAGGGCAUUCUCAAGAGAGGAUCAACCGAUUUCUGUCACUUCAAGAACUGGAAACUCUAAUUCUGGUUUGAGUUCAGAAUACUGGACGACCACGAGGAUUUGGGUAAAGCGUGCACUUCCAAAGGAUGCCAAUCCUGGUGCAAGUAGUCGAAUGAUGGGUGGUGCUGGAGGUGGUAGUGGCGGAAUGGGUGGUUAUCAAGGGUAUGGGGCUUCCGGUGGCAACCAAAAUGCAUAUGAUGGUCGUUCUGAUUCUAGUAGGUAUAUGCAGCCUCAAAGUGCUGCAGGUGGAUUCCCAACUUAUGGUUCCUCUGCUUAUAGUGCUGCUGGGUAUGGGUAUGGUUCGGCUAGCAAUGGCCUUGGUUAUGGUGCAGCAUAUGGAGGUUAUGGCGGUGCCACUGCUGGUUAUGGCGGACCUGCUGCCGCAACGUAUGGGAACCCAAAUGUUCCUAAUGCAGCUUAUGCUGGUGGUGGCCCAAGGAGUUCAUGGCCUGCUCAGGCUCCCUCUGGCUAUGGUUCUAUGGGUUAUGGAAACACUGCUCCUUGGGGUGCUCCAAGUGGUGGUGCUGGAUCUGGUUCAGCAACUGCAGGUCAAUCCCCCAGUGGAGCUGCUGGAUAUGGUAAUCAAGGUUAUGGGUAUGGUGGUUAUGGUGGCGGGUACGGUGCAAGUGAUAGUUCUUAUGGGAAUCCAGGUGUAUAUGGUGCUGUUGGUGGGCGUACUGGGAGUGCUCCAAGUAGUAAUGCUAGUGGUCAGAGUGGUAGUGAACUGCAAGGUAGUGGUGGAAGUGGCAACUAUAUGGGCAGCGGCUAUGGAGAUGCAAAUGGAAAUUCUGGUUAUGGAAAUGCAGCUUGGAGAUCUGAACAGGCUCAAGCAUCUGGUAAUUAUGGGACUCCUCAGGGAAAUGGUGGGCAAGUUGGUUAUGGUGGUGGCUAUGGUGGUGCUCAGACCCGACAAGCCCAACAACAGUAA